CGCUGCGGCGGGAGGUGGCGGUCCGGGUGGGAGGUGUGUGCGCGCGCGUGUGCCGCGCUGUAGGGAGCUGCGGGUCUCACUGCCCGCUGUCAACGAGCUCAACACCUCCGCGCGAUGGCUGGAGAAGAAGUAUGGGACCAGCCCUGUGGGGCUGGCCGCGGGUGAGCCCCUCUGCUGCCUCCUGCGAGCAUGUCACCUCCAGCCUGCGAGGUCGCUUUCUCUAGCAGUGUCCGCGCCACCGCCUUCUGCUGCCGCAGCCGCUGCCUAAAGCAGUGGCCCCCGGACCCCCGCCCCUGAUCCGCGCCCAGACCCUGGUGCCAGAGGACCAUGGCUGGUCAGGGCGACUGCUGCGUCAAAGUGGCCGUCAGGAUCCGGCCCCAGCUAUCAAAGGAGAAGAUUGAAGGCUGUCACAUCUGUACCUCCGUUACCCCUGGGGAGCCCCAGGUCCUGCUGGGGAAGGACAAGGCCUUCACCUAUGACUUUGUCUUUGACCUGGACACCUGGCAAGAACAAAUCUAUUCGACCUGCGUGAGCAAACUCAUCGAAGGCUGCUUUGAGGGCUAUAACGCCACAGUACUGGCCUAUGGACAGACAGGGGCUGGGAAGACAUACACUAUGGGCACCGGCUUUGACACAGUGACGUCAGAAGAGGAGCAGGGCAUCAUCCCAAGGGCCAUUGCGCAUCUCUUCAGGGGCAUCGACGAACGCAAGCGUCGGGCGCAGGAGCAGGGUGUGACUGGGCCUGAGUUCAAAGUCAGUGCCCAAUUCCUGGAGCUCUACAACGAAGAGAUCCUUGACCUGUUUGACAGCACCCGCGACCCUGAUGCCCGCCACCGCAGGUCCAACAUCAAGAUCCACGAGGAUGCCAAUGGCGGCAUCUACACCACAGGGGUCACUUCUCGCCUCAUCAACUCCCAGGAGGAGCUGAUCCAGUGCCUGAAGCAGGGCGCCCUGUCACGAACCACGGCCAGCACCCAGAUGAACGUUCAAAGUUCCCGAUCCCACGCCAUCUUCACCAUUCACCUGUGCCAGAUGCGCGUGUGUGCCCAGCCUGACCUGGUGAAUGAGACAGUGACUGGGCUUCCGGAUGGAACGGCCCCCACGGGCACUGAGUAUGAGACGCUCACUGCUAAGUUCCACUUUGUGGACUUGGCGGGCUCAGAGCGGCUGAAACGGACAGGGGCCACCGGUGAACGAGCCAAAGAGGGCAUCUCCAUCAACUGUGGUCUGCUGGCCUUGGGCAAUGUGAUCAGUGCCUUGGGAGAUCAGAGCAAGAAAGUCGUGCACGUGCCCUACAGGGACUCCAAGCUCACUCGGCUGCUCCAGGACUCUCUUGGAGGCAACAGCCAGACCAUCAUGAUCGCCUGUGUGAGCCCCUCAGAUCGGGACUUCAUGGAGACGCUCAACACUCUCAAAUAUGCCAAUCGGGCUCGAAACAUCAAAAACAAAGUGGUAGUGAACCAGGACAAGACCAGCCAGCAGAUCAGCGCGCUGCGAGCCGAGAUCGCACGCCUGCAGAUGGAGUUGAUGGAAUACAAGGCGGGCAAGCGAGUGAUUGGGGAGGACGGUGCAGAGGGCUACAGCGACCUGUUCCGGGAGAACGCCAUGCUACAGAAGGAGAACGGAGCACUGAGACUCCGAGUGAAGGCCAUGCAGGAAGCCAUUGAUGCCAUCAACAACCGGGUCACACAACUCAUGAGUCAGGAGGCUAACCUGCUUCUGGCCAAGGCUGGGGAUGGCAACGAGGCCAUUGGCGCUCUGAUCCAGAACUACAUCCGGGAGAUUGAGGAGCUUCGCACGAAGCUUCUGGAGAGUGAGGCUAUGAAUGAGUCCCUCCGAAGGAGCCUCUCCCGGGCUUCCGCUCGGAACCCCUACUCCCUGGGAGCAUCUCCAGCAGGUCCAGCCUUUGGGGGCAGCCCGGCCAGCUCCAUGGAAGAUGCUUCUGAAGUGAUCCGCAGGGCCAAGCAAGACCUGGAGCGGCUGAAAAAGAAAGAGGUCAGGCAGCGGAGGAAGAGCAGCCCGGAGAAAGAAGCCUUCAAAAAGAGGGCAAAACUCCAGCAGGAAAACAGUGAGGAGACGGAUGAGAACGAGGCUGAGGAGGAGGAAGAAGAACGAGAUGAGAGUGGCUGUGAGGAGGAGGAGGAUGAAGACUCGGGCAGUGAAGAGAGCCUGGUGGACUCGGACUCCGACCCUGAGGAAAAGGAAGUCAACUUCCAGGCAGACCUGGCGGACCUGACCUGUGAGAUUGAGAUCAAGCAGAAGCUGAUCGACGAGCUGGAGAACAGCCAGCGGCGGCUACAGACGCUCAAGCACCAGUACGAGGAGAAGCUCAUUCUGCUGCAGAACAAGAUCCGAGACACACAGCUGGAGCGCGACCGCGUGCUGCAGAACCUCAGUACUAUGGAGUGCUACACGGAGGAGAAGGCCAACAAGAUAAAGGCAGAUUAUGAGAAGAGGCUUCGGGAGAUGAACCGGGACCUGCAGAAGCUACAGGCUGCUCAAAAGGAGCAUGCCAGGCUGCUCAAGAACCAGUCUCGCUAUGAGAGGGAGCUGAAGAAGCUGCAAACGGAGGUAGCCGAAAUGAAGAAGGCCAAGGUAGCCCUCAUGAAGCAAAUGCGUGAGGAACAGCAGCGGCGGCGACUGGUGGAGACCAAGAGGAACCGGGAGAUUGCUCAGCUCAAGAAGGAGCAACGGAGGCAGGAGUUCCAGAUACGGGCCCUGGAAUCUCAGAAGCGCCAGCAGGAAAUAGUUCUGAGGAGGAAAACCCAGGAGGUUUCCGCACUGAGGCGCUUAGCAAAGCCCAUGUCUGAGAGAGUGGCCGGACGUGUAGGAUUGAAGCCCCCCAAUAUGGAUUCUGGGGCUGAGGUGUCUGCCAGCACUACCUCAUCUGAGGCUGAAUCCGGAGCUCGCUCUGUCUCCAGCAUAGUGCGUCAGUGGAACCGAAAAAUCAACCACUUCCUGGGGGACCACCCGACAGCCACUGUCAAUGGCGCCCGCCCGGCCAGGAAAAAGUUCCAAAAGAAGGGAGCCAGCCAAAGCUUCAGUAAGGCCGCGAGACUCAAGUGGCAGUCCCUGGAACGGAGGAUCAUUGACAUUGUCAUGCAGAGAAUGACCAUCGUCAACCUGGAGGCUGAUAUGGAGCGUCUCAUAAAGAAAAGGGAGGAGCUCUUCCUCCUACAGGAGGCACUGCGGAGGAAGCGGGAGCGCCUGCAAGCUGAGAGCCCGGAGGAGGAGAAGGGACUACAGGAACUGGCUGAGGAGAUCGAAGUGUUGGCAGCCAAUAUUGACUACAUCAAUGACAGCAUCACUGACUGCCAAGCCACUAUCAUGCAGCUGGAGGAAACCAAGGAGGAGCUGGAUUCGACAGACACAUCGGUGGUCAUUAGUUCCUGCUCUCUGGCUGAAGCCCGCCUACUGCUAGACAACUUCCUCAAGGCAUCCAUUGACAAGGGACUUCAAGUAGCACAGAAGGAGGCCCAGAUCCGGCUGCUGGAAGGACGCCUCAGACAAACAGACAUGACAGGCUCUUCCCAGAACCACCUGCUCCUAGAUGCUUUGCGUGAGAAGGCUGAGGCACACCCCGAGCUGCAGGCCCUCAUCUACAAUGUGCAACAUGAGAAUGGCUAUGCCAGCACAGAUGAGGAAGUUUCAGAGUUCUCUGAGGGGAGCUUUUCCCAGUCAUUCACCAUGAAAGGCUCCACCAGCCAUGAUGACUUCAAGUUCAAGGGUGAGCCCAAGCUGUCCGCACAAAUGAAGGCCGUGUCUGCGGAGUGCCUAGGACCCCCACUGGACAGCUCCACCAAGAACAUCACCAAGUCCCUGGCCUCCCUCGUUGAGAUCAAAGAGGAUGGGGUGGGCUUCUCUAUCCGGGACCCAUACUACCGAGACAAGGUCUCACGCACCGUCAGCCUGCCCACCCGGGGCAGCACUUUCCCUCGGCAGUCUCGAGGUGCCACGGAUACAUCCCCUCUGACCCGCAGGAAGUCUUAUGACCGGGGACAGCCCAUCAGAUCAACAGACAUAGGAUUCACACCUCCCUCAUCACCUCCCACUCGGCCCCGCAACGACCGCAAUGUCUUUUCUCGCCUCACCAGCAAUCAGAGCCAGGGCUCGGCACUGGACAAGUCUGAUGACAGCGACUCCUCUUUGUCGGAGGUCCUGAGAGGCAUCAUCACCCCCAUUGGCGGAGCAAAGGGAGCGCGGACGGCCCCGUUGCAGUGUGUCUCCAUGGCCGAGGGCCACACCAAGCCCAUCCUCUGCCUGGAUGCCACCGAUGAAUUACUUUUCACUGGAUCCAAAGACCGUAGCUGCAAGAUGUGGAACCUGGUAACAGGGCAGGAGAUUGCAGCUCUCAAGGGCCACCCCAACAACGUGGUUUCUAUCAAAUACUGCAGCCACUCAGGGCUGGUGUUCUCUGUGUCCAGCUCCUACGUCAAGGUGUGGGACAUCCGGGACUCAGCCAAGUGCAUCCGGACGCUCACGUCCUCAGGCCAGGUGAUCUCAGGAGAUGCUUGCAUGGCCACAUCCACCCGUGCCAUCACCAGUUCCCAGGGAGAGCAUCAGAUUAACCAGAUGGCCCUCAGCCCCUCGGGCACCAUGUUAUAUGUUGCCUCCGGCAACGCUGUCCGCAUCUGGGAGCUCAACAGGUUCCAGCCCAUUGGCAAACUGACCGGCCACAUUGGCCCAGUGAUGUGCCUGACAGUCACCCAGACUUCAAACCAGCAUGACCUCGUGGUGACUGGCUCCAAGGACCACUAUGUGAAGAUGUUCCAGCUGGGCGACUGUGUAACGGGCACCAUUGGCCCAACCCACAACUUUGAGCCCCCUCACUAUGACGGUAUCGAAUGCCUGGCCAUCCAAGGAGAUAUACUGUUCAGUGGUUCCAGAGACAAUGGCAUCAAGAAGUGGGACCUGGAUCAGCAGGAGCUCAUUCAGCAAAUCCCCAACGCUCACAAGGACUGGGUGUGCGCCCUGGCCUUUGUACCCGGCCGGCCCAUGUUACUGAGCGCCUGCCGGGCAGGCUUCAUCAAGGUCUGGAAUGUGGACAACUUCACGCCCAUUGGUGAGAUCAAGGGCCAUGACAGCCCCAUCAAUGCCAUCUGCACCAACAGCAAGCACAUCUUCACGGCCUCCAGUGACCUGACAGUGAAGUUCUGGAGCAUGCGGCGGCUACCAGCAGCCCACCCCUGAAGUUAGGACUGAAGGUGGCCAGACCCUCAGACCCAGCAUGGAGAGGAAGCUUGGGGCCGACCUUACCAGACCAGCCAGCCAGGUUCACCGAGGACAGAGGGUGUGGCCCUUCUCUUGCUCUGCUUCCCCCACCACCCCCUCUGCCCCUCCCCUGCCUCCCGAGAAAGUGGAGGCCGAGGAGGGAGACAAGCUGUGAAGCCAAAGGGCAUGAUUCAUUCCCCCUGACACCCCGCCUGUCCCCUGCCUUUUCCUCAGCUGGCCACAUUGUCUCCUGCUGAGCCAGCCCUGCCCCUCUCCCAGGCCCUCAGCCUAGGGUAAGACUGAAGGAGAAGCAGGGAGAAGCCCCGUCUAUCUGCCAGUAAGCUAGCCCCUUCUGGGUCUCCAAGCCCCACCCCCGGAGCCACUGCACCUGCCUCUGAGCCCACCCAGGUAGUUCUCAGGUAACCAUGGAGACCAGAUGUAAGCAGCGGAGUCCUGCAGCUGACCCGAAACCCUACAGCCACCCACAGCCAAUCCCGGUGGGGCCCAGUCCUUCCUCGAGGUUCCCUUCGGCUGGGACCUCCGUGGAGCUGCUUAAACAGUUCCUUUGGGGAGAAGGUCAGCAAUACUGCAGUCAUUUAAUGUAUUGAUUUUUUAUUUUUAUGUUUUGCUGUUGCCUCCUGGAAACUGACUUGAAGUUUCUUCCCAUUCGUCCCUCCGCUCCUGGCGGGGGGUCUUCUCUCUGGCGCUCCAGGGCCCUCCCUCUGAUGACUCUCAGAUGAGGGAAAGUCCUCUCCACUGACCAUUGUUCCAACCCUGCCCAUCCCGGCAUACCUUCUAGGAUAGACCAGGUCUCUAGGCCGCCUGAUGCCACAGUGCCUUUCUCCAUCCUGAGGCCUGGCAUCACGCUGGGCAGCCUUAUGCUAGCCAUGCCCGCAGUCCACAUGUGUCUUCUCCUCCAGGGCCUUGUGCCCACAGCCCCUGGUCAUAGCGUCCACCCCAACAGCCCAGGACCAGGGAGCCCACGCUCCCAAGAGUCCUGGGAUGUCGCUUGGUGGACCUCCACUAUGUAGGUGUGGGUAGUAAGGAUACCACAUCCUUUGCCUAACCCCCAGCCAAUUAUGUCGUCCUCUCCCUCCCCACAAGGGGACAGGGAGCAUCCUCAGCUUCUUUUCCUUUAGUUGUCCCAGAAACUGGUUUUGAAGCCUUAAAACCAGCCUGGGCCAAAUGCCCUCCCUUUUCAAUUAGCACGAGGAGGCACGGACCCCUUGCUUCUCCCCUUAGUGCUGUGAACGCAGCAGCUGUUGGGAUGAGGCGAAGUCAGUGUCUAGCGCCCCCUACCGGAUCGACUCUGAAUUCAUAGGACUGGGCCGUGAGAGGGGCCAGCUCCAUUCCUCACCCCUGGCUUCCCCUGCCCUUAAACUGGUCCACGCUUAUUCUAAUGCUUCACUGGUCUUGUGCAUCCUGGUCUCAUUCUGGGAUCCCCGGCUCCAUUGAAGACGCGGUGACUUGCAGACUUUGGAGAGCUAGCGUACCACCUCUGCACUUAGCCCUUCUCCCUCAAGUAACACUGGUGCCUGUUCAUGAGGCCCUGGGAUGAGAGAGUUAGGAGCUGAUAAGACCAGACCCUCUCUGGACCAUGCCAGAGCUGUGUCUGAGGCAGAAACUAAGAGAAGUGUCCCGCUUAUCGGUGGCUACUGCCAGACACGGUGUUAAGUCUGGGAUAUUUAGAACGACCUACCUGGAAAGCAGGUCAUCUGGAACCUGGACCGCCUGUCUGCAAUGGCCAGAGAUCCUCCUCCCUCCGCUCAUUCUGGGAGUGUUAAGGAACGUCCUUAGCACACAGAAGUGACCACAUCUUCUCCUUUAUCCCUCUCCACCUGAAUGGACAGCCUGGACCUUACACCCUGUGAGAAAACCCAGAACCCGUCUGCAUGACUGUUUACAAACUACAGAAACACGUGAGACUCGUGUCCCGACCCCACAGGCUGGGCCGCCCCAAUCCCCCGAUGCCUGUACUGUAUAGCUGCAAGGCUAGUUCUUGCACAAAGUGUGUGUGGUCUUACAGCCCCCCGAGAGGUGCUCACUGGCAUUACCCCCUCUGCCAUUUCUGAUGGGUCACUACCUCAUGGCGGGGCUGCUGUGCUGUCCCAGCGAGUGUCAUUGACUAAACUUGAAAUACUUCGGAGCUCUGAGCUCAUCGUCACCGAGCCCUUCUGAGCUGUGUUCUGGGGACGUUGGAGUCCCUGACCACCCACCCUUUCCGGGAUGUCCAAGGUACAGGGGCAGGCUCCCCAGCUCCACUCAUUGCACAAGCAUCCUACCUGUUGGAAGCACAAACUGGUUGUGAUUUGAGCACAGUAGCAGGUCUCUGGGUAGACAGCAUGAGCAAACUUGGGCCCAGGAGCUCUUUCCCAGGUGGGCUUCGUCUUAGGCUAGACGAGAGCUGCCCGUGUCUGUAGCUGACUCACCCUGUAUUUCUGGGAAUUAUUACUUAACUUCUUGUGCCCAACUUAGGACUUGAGGCCCAGGCCACCUCUGUAUGCUGUGGGGGUCUUCCCUAGAUCCCCACACCCAAAGCCUUUAACAACCAGAGUAUAGCUGGUACCCCACCAUACUGAGCCUGAAGAACUUGGACCCAGACUCCCAUCUCUUGAGCUAACCCCAACAUCCAUGCUUACAAAACUGAUAAGCUUGCAUCUGGAUGGAAAGUGUCUACUGUCCCCACUCUCUUUGGCCUUUCCUGUGCACAGUCCUGGGCCAGGACCCAUUCCAGUAUUAACCAGUUCAGUGUUUGGUCUUGUUGGAGAGACUUGACAGCAGCCGGCUCAUGGAGAGGCUGCCUGGAGCAGCCUUUGAAGACUGCAGAGGAGAGAGAGAGAACUCAAAGAGUAAGAGCCUGACCCAGCACAGCCCUUGAUGUGGUCAGAUCGCCACCACAGCUACUUGAAAAGGGACAGCCGAGGGUCUGGGAGUAGCCUCCCACCGCUGCCCCAGCUGCUGGCUUGGGAUCGUCUUAGGCUGUGUGGCUUGGGCAAAGCACAGUUUAAAGCACAAAACCACGUGGGGAAGAUGCUGCCUUGCUGGGGGAUUCUCCUGCUUCCCUUUGUGUUGAUAGUGCAGGCAGGGAGCUGCUGGGAAGGCAGGACAUCUGCCCUGUCCUUGGAGGCCUCCCCUGGAGUGUGGCCAGGUGCAGCAGGCACACCCCUUUGGCUGUGCCUCUUAUGUUUGUGUGGGCAGGACCUGCCCUUCGGAGAGCAGUGAAUUCCUUCCCACCAUGUGGCCCAAACCUGCCACAUCUGUCCCUUUGUCCUUUCAAACAAGAAACCGCUGGCUGCUCCCUUUGAUGAGCACAGUGGCCAGUGCCACCACAGACCUUCCUGAGCCCAACCUGUCACCUCCCGACUCCUAGGUCUUCACUGCUCCUUGUGUGCAAGAAGAGAAUCUGCAGGGAAAGUUCGGUUUCUUUGACAUCACUGUUCUGUCCCCCGUGUGUCCCCCCCCCCUUCAUCUCCAGCACCCAGCUGGCCUCCCUUUGCCCCUCCCUUUCACCUUCAAUCCUACAUCCGGAAGGCUCUGUCAGAAAGUGGGAAGUCAGAAAAGACCACUGAUGUCUCAGUGCCCUGCCCCGCCCUGCCAUGCCACCAGCUCUUAGAGCGGUUGCCCCUCCCUGGGCUGCAGGGUCUCUUUUGGCUCAUGCGCUCUCCCGUGACGUGGUAGCACAAGGUGUGUAUAUGUUUUGUACCUCUGCUGGCGACUGUACAUAGUGUAUGAAAGUUAUUUAAGCCUCAGGCUGUACAUUUCUGUUCUGGAAUCGGAUGUGUGUGUUCUAAGAGCUUGUCAUAAAUAAAACCAUUGUUCACAGA